CUUUGCUGCAAGAGAAUACAGUAUAGCCUGGUUCUGUAAAACUAAAACGAGUGAGCAUCCCGCCGUAAGACUGUAUACAGAGCAUAGGAUGGCCAACACCGCCGCAACGACGGACCCUCUCAACGGUCACGACAAGUCUGUAACUGACUCUCUCCCCGCCGGCAACGACUUGAAGCUUUUAAUUGACGCCGUCCGUUCCUUGCCUCACCCGGCUCUCAAACAUCUUUUAUCGCUCAAGGUGUGCGUUCGGUGCAUCUUCCGGAUAUUUCUUGUACACGAGUGUUUAUAUUCUUGUGCUAAGCUCUCUCCGUCACUGUUAUAUUCUAAUAUUGAAAACGGAUCGGAGUCGGAAGGGGAAUUGAAUAUCAAUGAGGAUUAUGUCUGUAGAAUUUGUUUAGGUAUCUUACAGUUUGUGUACUAUGACCAACAAAAUGUGUUGGUGAAAAGUGAUUCUGCCAGGGACUUUGCUUUGAUGAUUGCUGAUGCUGUAAAGAAAGAAGGCCAUCUUGUUGAUAGUUUUUCUCUUGAAGUCUCCCUACCGCCACUCAUCUCUGAAAAUGAAAAUUUAGUUUGGUCCAUUAUUAAAAAGAAGUACCACUCUGAAGAAUGGUAUCAAAAAAUUGUUAAAUCUGAACUCAUAUCAACAAAAGAUGUCUUCAAACUGUCUUUGACAAGUCCUCUUGAAUCGCUAAUGGGUGUUAAAUCUGGUCUGAGCUCUUUCCGAAUUCGUUUGACCUACACUAAUCUUGAUGCUUCAAAGAACGGAAAGAGUACUGCUGAGAAAAUUCAGUGUAAUAAGAGAAGGAAAACAGGUGCAGAUGGAGUGGACUCCAAUUCUAUAGUGCCUACUGCUGACACUGAAAAUUCAAAUGUAGGCGCCAGUGAAGAACAUGGGUCCCUGGAAAGUUUUCCUGCUAAAGGGUUGGAAAAUCAUGAAAAUCCUGAUUGCCAUUUGGAGAAGGUCAACCAACCAUGUCACCUGACAUUUGCUUGCUCUAGGGCUCCUAUGUACAUUGGAGGGAGAUACUUGAAGUACUCACGAAAUGUAAGCCAGAGUCGAUGGAUAAUUGAUGAUGAGAGGAUGGGAGAAGCAUCUGUUGAAGAAAUUAUAGGUGGCAAUAUCCUUCCUACGUGCCUGGGUGACGGUUACAAAUUUCAUGCAGCUGGCAGAGAGGAUAUUGAUGUCCGGAUGUUGGGUUCAGGUAGGCCUUUCCUGAUCGAGAUUCAAAAUGCACGGCUGGCCCCUUCUGAUGUAUCUAUAUGUGAAAUAGAAAGUAGAAUAAAUUGCCAUGAGAGUAGACAUGUUAUGGUGAAAAAUCUCAAGGUCCUAGGUAGUGAAGCAUGGAACUUGAUGCGUGAAGGAGAAGCAGAAAAGCAGAAACAAUAUGUUGCUCUAGUCUGGAUUUCUCGCGUUCUCAAGGAUGAUGAUUUGGAGACUAUAUCAUCAUUCAAAGACAUGAAAUUGUUGCAGAAGACGCCCGUAAGGGUUCUCCACCGUCGAAGUCCACUAGAGCGUGAAAAGAUUAUACAUUGGAUGAAAAUUGAGAAAAUUGCUGCAAGUUCUCAGUAUUUCCUCUUGCAUCUUUGUACCCAGGCCGGGACAUAUAUUAAGGAAUUUGUUCACGGAGAUCUUGGACGCACUUAUCCUAGCAUCGGUUCACUUCUGGGGUGCAGAGCUGAGAUACUGCAACUUGAUGUCACAGAUGUAAAAAUGGAUUGCUUUCUAGCGGAGAAAAUCCAGUAGUCUUUCGCUGGAAAUGCCAUCUACAGUUAGGCAAAUUUAACUAAAGACAAUCAGAGAAGAGGCUAUAGUAAUUGUUAAUUUGAUUAUUUGAAUAUGGCAAUUUUGGCGCACACAAACUGAACUUCAAUGACAUGACCAAGGGAAAAUGCCAAAACGGGGCAGUUGGAAAUUUUGAAUAAUUCCUUCAUCAUUUAUUACACUUUUAACCUGCAGGACAAGUAGCUAGUUUUGCAUUGAAAUUGGUUUGGAGAAGCUACUUAA